CGAGUCUCAUUACCACCGAUAAACAAACGCACAACCAAAAUCGAAAAAGCCUCCAACACUAUUUUCUUCGCCGCUUGAAAACAUCAUUUUAUGAUCUUCCACAUUCAUCCCUAACAGACACCAUCGCCGUCCGCUAUUUCCUUUUUGGUUCCCUCUUUAUUUUUCCUCAAUUUCGAUCCCAAUCUCGCAACCUCAUUCCUGCUCCCCGUUGAUCUGUUAUCUCCGGCGACUCAAUCCCUCUGGCUAGGGUUUUAACUGCUUCUAUCAGCCACACGACUGUCAUGAAUUUAUUGUAGGUAGGAUUUAUCGAGCCCCGAAUUACUCAUCGAAACUUGCUAUCGGGGUUCAGUAUCAGAUUCGGCUAGUUAGUUGGCAUUUGAAGAUUUGAAAUUAGGGUUUUGAUUUCGAAUUUAGUUGGCACUCUUGCUUACUGCUUCGUGAUUAGGGUUUCUAUAUCGAUUCGAGCAUUCAACAUAGUUAUCAGAUUGUUAAUUAGGGUUUUGAGUAUUCAUCAGUGAUGCCGCGAACUUCUCGCCACAAAUCGAGUAAACAUAGUUCAAGAGAUGCUAGGGACUACUCAGAUUCUGAGAAGGAUUCGAGCUCGAAGGACAGAAAAACCAAAGAGGACAGUAGUGCAAGGGUUUCUAAGGAGUCUGGCUCUGGUGAGAAGCGAAAGCUAGAGCCCAAGGACAAUAGAGAUUCGUUUGGCUCUGCAAAUGGGGAGUACAUAGAGGAAUUUUCUUCAUCAAAGCGGCGUAAAGAAAGAGUUGAGGACGGCGUGAAUGAUAGGUGGAAUGGUGGAAAUGACGAUAGAGGGGAGGGGACUAAGAAGUUGAAGGAGAAGUCGGGUGAGUACAAGAGUAAAAGGAGAGAUGAGAGUGCGGGAGCAUAUGUUGAGACUGAGGAGGUGGUGAAAAAGAGUAGUGGAAAGAGCGAGGGAAAGCAUAGGGAAUCAAGCAGUCGAAAGGAGGGAAGAGAAGGCGGAGCUGAGAGGGAAAGGGACAGAGAGAGGGAUAGGGAAAAGGAUAAAGAGAGAAGGAGUAAAGAAGGUAGGAGUGACAAAUUGGUUGAUGGUGAAGACCUGCGUGCAGCGAAGCAAGUAUCUGAAAAAACUGAGUUGAAUGCACGUGAUCCAUUGCAGAGUCCUGAAUUAGAGAACCUUCCGGAUAGGAGAAUUAGAAAAAAACGAGAUGGUUCUGGUGAUGAUAAGCAUCACGAGGAUAUUGCAGAUAUCAAUGACAGACGCUUAUCCUCAAGGGAAGAUGUUGUCAAGGAUGGGAGACCAAAAGAUGAGAAGCACAAGGACGAGAGAUACAGAGAUAAGUACCGUGAAGAUGUCGACAGGGAAAACAGGCACCGAGAUGACAAGCAAAGAGAUGAGCAUGCAGCAAGAGAUAACAUAAACAACAGGUCUGAUGAUAGGCACUUGAGGGAUGAUAAAGAUACUGUAGAAUUUAGGCCGAAGAAAUAUAAGACUCAAGAUGCUGAUCGUGAGAGAGAGCAUGAUCAUGAUCGUGAUUUUGAUCGGGAAACUUAUCAACGUGACAGAGAUCGAGAUCGGGACCAUGACAGAGAUCGAGAUCGGGACCGUGACAGAGAUCGGGACCGUGAGAGGGAUCGGGACCGUGAUCAUGAUCGUGAUUGGGAUUGGGAUCGGGAAAGAGAGCAUGACCGAGACCGAGACCGUGACAGGGAUAGAGACCGUGACCGGGACCGAGAUAGAGAUCAUGAUCGGGACAGACAUACUGACUACGAUGGGGUGCAUAUUGAUGACCGAAGUGCUAGAUACAGAGAUAGCAGGGGAAGGAAGAGAUCACCUGAUGAUCUUGAUGAUUAUAAUGAUGCAAAAUCUAGAAGUGUUAAAACAGCUUAUAUUGACGUGGAAAAGAAAUCUUUGGGCAAUAGUAGAGUUGAGUCUGAUACUGACAGAGGAAGGUCUCAAUCACGCCAAACUCAUCCAGAUAAUAAUGCCAGCAGCAACAGGAGAAGGGCUUCCCCAAACACCAGCUCGCUUGUGGCUGCAGAUGAGUACAGGCAAUUCAAACAAGAAGAACUGAAGAACAGAGAUGCUGUGAUAGAACACAGGUCAAAAUCCAUUUCGUCUAGAGAGGUUGGUAGUUUGCCAGGAGCAUCAGAUAGAGCUUCCAAGUACAGAUCCUCUGAGAAGUCCACUAAAGUGGAUGAUGGGCAUACUGGGGAGUUAUCAGUUGAAAGAUCUUCAAGUUCUAAAGCUUCGCCCAUGGGCCUGGUGGAGAGAUCUCCUUCAUCGUCGAGUCUGGAGCGUAGAUACAUUAAUAGAUCUGGAGUUAGAAGAAGUCUUGAUAUUGAGGAAUCAGGAAGGAGGAGCAGUGGUUCCAUGGGUGCAAGAGAUUUACCUUCUGCCGAUGAAAGGCCAAGUCGUGAUUUACCUUCGGAGAAGUCUCUAGCUGAUGAAUCAACCGCGCUUGAUUCGCCCUUUUACACUAGAAAUAGUCAAAGCAACUCUGCUCUGAUUCCUCCACCAUCUGGCUUCAGGGGUGGCCAUGGCAGCCCUUCUUUUUUGGGUUCACUGGAGGAAGACGGUAGAACUAACACUGGUGUCCGCUACAAGAGGGGCAGUGAUCCCAAUUUGGGGCGAGGGCAAGGAAAUGCUUGGAGAGGUGCUCCAAACUGGUCUUCACCUGUGCCAAAUGGCUACAUUCCUUUCCAACAUGGGCCGCCUCAUGGAGGUUUUCAAGCGAUGAUGCCUCCAUUUGCAUCCCCUCCUCUGUUUGGAGUCAGACCCUCGAUGGAAAUCAACCACUCUGGGAUUCCUUAUCAUAUACCUGAAGCUGACAGGUUUUCUAGUCAUCUGCGCCCCCUUGGAUGGCAGAACAUGAUGGAUGGGACAGGGCCUUCUCGCAUGCAUGGAUGGGAUGGAAAUAAUGGUGUAUUUAGGGAUGAAUCACACAUGUAUGGGGGCCCAGAAUGGGACCAAAAUAGGCAUCCAAUUAAUGGUCGAGGGUGGGAGAGUGGUGCAGACAUUUGGAAAGGGCAAAAUGGUGAUGUGAAUGUGGAUUUGUUCUCAACAUCCCUGAAAGAGGACUUUCCACCACAGACCCCUGUGGAAGAUCUUUCAGCUAGGCAUGAGGGUCAAAGGCCACAAAGUGAAGAUAAUCAUCUUGGGGUUCAGGCUAAAACUGCAGAAACAAAGCUAGUUGUUGCUUCAGCAGCAAAAUUAUCUUUUAAGUCAUCACCUAAACCUACCCCUGAGCAGACACCUGAGCCGUCUUCUAAAUUGUCUAGUAAUGACAAUAUUGCUCAUGUUUACCGUGCUUACCUUUCCAAUCUGGAUAUUUCAACUGAACUUACUGAUCCAGAAUUGUAUGGUCAGUUUAUAAGCUUGCUUGAUGAAGAACCAAGUGAUACUAUUGAUGAAGAUGUUGCCAUGCUUGUAAACUUGAAGGAUGGUGCAAGAGCAGUACCAAAAAGUUCAAAUACCUUGUUGAGUUCAUCACUUUUCCCUGCUACAAGUGAUUCUGUUUUUCAGAGAGCAAUGGACAUCUACAAGAGACAAAGAGCAGGUUUGAGUCGUAUGGCAAUUGCUAAUGGUGGAACAAUAGAUGUUAUUUCAGCAUCAAAAGUAGAGGAAGUCCCUGUUAAUGAUGUGGACAUAGCAGAACAGCCACUUUUAAAUCAGAAAGAAGAAAUAUUAGAUGUGCAGAUGUUGAAUUUAGAUGAGAAUAAAGUGGAAGAUGUUUUAAUUGGUGAUGUGCAGGAGAAUUCAGAAGUGAUUCUCAACCAGGAGGUAGAUGGUCAUGCUUGUAGCCCUGACCUGAAGUUGGAAUCGCUGCAUGAAGAUCUUACCCAUGAUAUAUCAGAAAAGCCCUUGAUGAUUCUCAGAGGUGAUAAGGUAGCUGGAUCUAAGCUGGUGGAUUCAGAAGAUCCAAAGGGAGAUUUUGUUUCAACUCCCAAUGAUGUGCCAAAUGCUACUGAAGAUUUACACACUGAUGGCCAUGAUGGCCAUGACAUGGAUGAGAGUGGCAAGACCAAAGGUAGUUAUUCUUUUAAUUGUGCUGAGGAGGGGCAGGGGUUUGGUGAUGCAAAAUGUGGUCCUUUAUUUAUUUUGGAGGGUUCCCCCAAGGCAUCUAGGGAUUUGAUGCCUGGGUCAAAUGAGUCUGAGUCGGUAAUUUUAAGUCGGAUACAUCAUUCUCCUGAAAGUACACAUUGAGACAAUUUCUAUAUCGAUGUUCUUUAUCUUCAAUGCGUUUUUGGUUUAGUUA